UGCUUGCUGGUUAUAUUCACAAUACUCCAAGGAUAGAUAGAUAUUCAUUCUCAGACAGGAUAUUUCGGGAAAAGACAGCAGCAUGACGAUUGUGGAGAUGAGAGUUCACAUGGAUUGUCCUGGAUGUGAGAACAAGAUAAAGAAAGCUCUUCAAAAGCUCAAUGGAGUAGAUGACAUAGACAUAGACAUGCAGAUGCAGAAAGUGACGGUGACCGGCUGGGCCGACCGGAAAAGGGUUCUGAAAACGGUGAGGAAAACGGGCAGAAAGGCCGAGUUUUGGCCAUUUCCAUACAACCCAGAAUACCACGACUUCACCCGUUACUAUUACCAGCAAAACCAUCACCAGCAGUACAGCCAUAGCUAUAUUCCUGAAGCCACCUCCUCCUACUACUACUCUCAGCCUCAGCCUUCUUCGUCCUACAACUAUCGGGUUCAUGGCUACAACGGCCACGACCACGGCUACUUUCAACAGCCGCCUUAUUCCACAAUUCUCGACGAGAAGGCUAGUUCCUUGUUCAGUGAUGACAAUAUCAAUGCCUGCACCAUAGUGUGAUGAUGUUAUAUAUGUAUGUAUGUGUGGGCUUGAGUGUAUUUUAGUAUUGUGUUGUCCAUUUCCAUUGGACAAAAGCUUCAUGUAAACAUUCUCAUGGUGGGGACAAGUGGUUUUAGCUUAAUUUCCUCCCAUGAACCUGGGAAUUCUUGUAAUUUAUGGGCUAUAUUUUGUUCAAGAGUAUAUGCUCUAUGUUAUGACUGUAAAUUAAGUUGUCUCAGAUUUCUAAUUUUAGU